GAAAAAUUAUAUAACCCUUCAUCUCUUGUGAACCUCCAUAAAUACUCUUAUCUCCAUACCCUACUCUCUCUCUCUCUCUCUCUCUUUCCUCUUUUCUUCCUUGUAGCACCACUAUAUUGAUAACAGCUCUAGAGAACCUUUCUUGCUUUUGGUUUAUGCGAUCAUGGGAAUUCAGAAGCCUGCAUGGUUAGAAGCUCUCUACUCACAGAAAUUCUUCGUGGGUUGCUCUUAUCAUGAAACUGCAAAGAAGAACGAAAAGAACGUUUGUUGCUUGGAUUGUUGUAUUAGUAUUUGCCCUCACUGUGUUCCAUCUCAUCGCUUCCAUAGGCUUCUUCAAGUUCGCCGAUACGUUUACCAUGAUGUUGUAAGAUUGGAAGACCUCCAGAAGCUAAUAGACUGCUCGAAUGUGCAGGCCUAUACUAUAAAUAGUGCUAAAGUGGUGUUCAUCAAAAAGAGACCUCAGAACAGGCAAUUGAAGGGGUCUGGAAACUAUUGCACUUCCUGUGACAGAAGUCUUCAAGAACCCUUUAUUCAUUGCUCUCUUGGGUGCAAGGUGGAUUUCGUGCUGAAACACUACAAGGACUUGUCUCCAUACCUAAGGAUAUGCAACUCUUUAACACUUAGUCCUGACUUCUUGAUCCCUCAAGACAUGGGAGACGAUGAGAUGACGAAUGAGACACCUCAUUCAACAAUCGUGGACUCUGACGAGCCAAUGAGCUGGUCGUCCGGCUCAUCGGGGUCGGAGAACAUGAGCAUGGUAUGCACACAAGAGAUUGUACGGAAGAAGAGGAGUGGAUUAUAUGUAUGUGGAAGAUCAGCUAAUAAGGUUUCUGAUGAGGACAUGACUACCAGCAUGAGUAGAAGAAAAGGAAUCCCUCAUAGAUCUCCUCUGUGUUAAUUAAUUAAUUAGCAAAGUAUUAACAAAAAAAAAAAAUUUAAUUACUACUACAAUUUUUAGUUUAAUUUGAUAUUUUGACUGAAUCAAUCCCUUCAAAUGUUCUCUAUAUCUAUCUCUUUUCAAUUUAAGUUAAUUAAUCACUUGGUCGGGGGGUUUUGUCUUAAUGGCAUCACGUGAUUCCCAAUUCCAAGUUAUGGUUUUGUACAAUUUUUCAAGGAUUUUUCAUUUUUCUA